CAAUUUGUCAUUUGUGUACUUACUGCACAGUACGAACAUUUGAUAUAUCCUCAAUCUUAUAAAACAAGCUGACAUGUUUUAUAUAAAUUCUUUAUCAGAAAUCUGAAACACAAACCUCAGAAGAUGCUUGCUUCAACAUUUAAAAUGCUAGUUUUGGCUCUCACCGUCAUAGAUCUGCUAUAUGGAUAUACGUUAGCUGAUGGUGGACAGUUUUACGGAGGAUCAAUGAGUUACUCGAUCGAACAAAAAGCUGAUGGCAAUUAUACGGUUACAGUCCACCUGAUAAGCGGAUGGGUACUAGGUAAAGGUCCAUGCGGCCCAGGCUGCAGUAGUAGCGACAUUGGUAGAUCUACCCGCUCAGCUAGAUCACUGAUAACGGCAUCCCACCCAUAUCGUUUCGGAAACUUUACUUCCGAUUAUCUUGAUAGAAACACCCGCAAGACUAUAACUCAGGACAUGAGUGCGGUUGUAUAUAGAUCUUACAAUGAAACAGUGAUAGCUGUUAGCGAGCACGGAAAAUGGGAACAAGAGCUUCUGCAUUUCAGCUUCAACAUGCCACAUAAAGUGCGACGAUUAGAUGUUAGUUUUGAUGGUAAGUCUUGGAAAAAUCUUACAUUGCAAAAUCCCUCGGAUGAUGAAAGUAUACCGUGGCACAUGCAGACCAGCAUUUCAUUAGCUCUACGCAGUGAUACGGGAAAACCAAAUCAGACCCCACGGUCCAUUGUUAAACCAUUUUAUAGGGUAAAACUAGGGGAAGUCACGGAAAUACGCAUUCCUGCUGUUGACGUCGAUGAAGAUAUCGUGAGAUGUGAUACUGCAGUAUUUGUCGAAGCAGGAUUUCUAAGAUUUCACCCACCACCUAAUGUGCAUAUUCAUGAAAAUUGCUCAGUGUUCAUCAAUGCAUCAGAAUCAAGCAAUUAUACUCAUGAUACAUGGAUAGCAGUACAAGUUACCAUGAGGGAUUACAACAGGGAAAAGAUUACUUAUCUUGGCGACACUUAUCCGCCAGCUUUGUUUUCACUCAGUGCGAGUGCCGUCCGGUUUGCCGUUCAAGUGCUAGCCAAUUUGACAACGCCCAAAUUUGUAGACCCUACAUUUGAAGGCAAGCAUGUGUUUAUUAUGUACUCUGGCACAACUUUGAGAACAGAAAUAUAUGCAAGAUCCGCAGCUAAUACCAGCAUAGAUAGUCUUAGGGUCAUUGGAAUACAAUACGAAACAUUUAACGUAUCAGUUUUAAAGCAAGAUGUAAUGCGUUCAGAUGUAAAACAUGCAACCUUGUCAUGGAAACCUUCUAGAAGUGAUAGUGGGAGUCAUAUCGCAUGUGUUAAUGCUAUUGAUAAUACAGGGGUAGAAACUUCAGAUCAAAGAUGUUUCAUUCUUGAUGUUAGAGGUGAAGGUUUUAAACACACAACAAAGGUUACGGCGGGGAAACCAUACUUUGUUGAUAUUCCUGCCCCAGAUCAGUACAUCAGCUGCAAAAUACAAACGACAUGUUUUAUAGCGUUGUAUAUAAAAUCUGCCAUCCGAGUGACAAAGGUAGAGGUGACAGAAAGCUUUGUUGAUUACCAUCAGCUCAGUCCAGUAGAGCUGGUUAUACAUGAAGGUGAACAGAUGUACCAAACAGAUUUAUCUUUUGGACAUGCCAUGAAUGGGAAAGAGAGAAUCUGCUUGAUAGCAUCAGAUAUAAGUGGAGUGAAUAGCGAGGAGGUUUGCAUACAGACAGAAAUAGAACCAAGAGAUCCGUGUGUGUCUGCACCGUGUUACAAUUCUGGUGAUUGUGUAAGUGAUAAAGACUCUGGAGCAUUCAAAUGUGUAUGCUUACCGUAUUUUAGUGGAAAAACUUGCAGUAUCAAGAAUGAUCUGUGUAAUCCAGAUCCAUGUGUUCACGAAAAUACAAUAUCAUGUUUCGACAUUGGGAGAAGAGCGUUUUGCUACUGCAAACCAGGCUUUUCUGGACGAACAUGCGCUCAAAAUAUCGAUGACUGCCCGGUCGGUGCAUGCAACGGACAUGGGAUUUGUAUUGACAAAAUACAGGAUUUUGAUUGUGAGUGUUUUGAUCGAUUUAAUGGAACAGUUUGUGAGUAUGAUAUGUGUUCAAAAGAACAAGCCGGAGUCAUGACUUGUCCUGCUGCUGGUUGUCAUCCGGACUCUUGCUAUGGACGAGGUGUAUGUUCCGAUGGCGGAAUCUGUUCAUGUCCAUAUGGAUUCAAUGGACGUCAAUGUGAAAAAAGGAAAUGUAUCAUUACAACAAGCAAAGGAGUGGAAAUUGUUUCCCCUUCAGUAAAGGACAGAGGUUUGAUUGUAUGUUACACAGACGGGGAUGAAAUACUAUUCUGCCAAAUUCGCAUAUACUUGACAAUGCCUUCAGUAUUAGUUCCAAAGAUUGAAGUUAAUUCAACAUGGAUGUCUAAUGGCUCUGUCACUGUUGGAAAGGUCAUGAAAUCGCCUGUUAUUCCUGGUGUUUCGUCCAUUUAUACAACUGAUAUUGACAUCACUGGCAGAAUAAACAGUUCGAAAUUGCACUAUGUAUGCGUACGUGCAUCAUCAGCCGGGAUCUCGAAUUCCUCAGUUUGUUACGAGAUCAGCUUUGUUCCAAAUCCUGAAAACGAUACUUCAACACUGGCGUAUUCGCAAAGAAAGGCAUCGGUGAAGUUUGUUGCCCCAACAUUAAAAGAUCGCAGCAGAAUUUUGUGUAAUGUGGGUGAAAAAUGUCAUAUUCUUAUGUAUACAUCUUUCUCAUCAAACAGAUCUGCUUGUAGAAGUCAUAUUACGAAGCCUGCUACAGCCUCUCAUGGUCUUAGUGGUUGUGACUUGGAUGACAGGGAUAACGAUGAAGACGAUAACGACACAGUCGCUAAAUUAAGAGAUCCUUGCUGUGAAAAUAUACUGUCGUCAACGGCUGGUGUCGAAGUGUACAAAUCACGUCCACGUGGCCCAAGCUGUGUUACUGAAGCUUCUUUCAAAUUCUCAAGUCCGGGAGAAAGGCAGAUGUGUUUUCUUUCAGCAGACACGGAUUCACAACAGCUAUGCUACACUGUAGGUGUAUACGAUCAUUCUAAAGAUCCUUGUUCCAAUUCACCGUGCCUCAAUAAUGGCCAAUGCUUCAAUACAAAUCAUACUAGUUUUAAAUGCAUUUGUCCAGACCAAUAUACAGGAGAAAAAUGUCAAAGAGGACCAUGUCAAGCAGCUGAUAAUAAAUGUUUAAAUGAUGCGUAUUGUCAGACAAAUGAUGGAACGGAGAUGUGCAUCUGUAAAGCUGGAUUCUUUGGGCAGACAUGUAGUAAAGGUCCAUCCAGUGUGAACCAAAGUUAUACAAAGUUUACAGAUACAGUUGUACCAACAUCAUUUACAUGUGUGAUCUAUCAGAAGUGCAGCGUAGCUUUGAUUCUGACAAGCCAGUCUGCUUAUAUACCGAUAGUGUCUCCAGGAUACAUUGACACUUCGCUUUCACUUGAACGCAUUGAGACAGUUAACAGGUUGCCAGUUAUAGGUAGUUUUCAGACUAAUACAGUAGUGAAGCCGUUAGAACUCGGAUUAAAAGACAUGUGCAUACAGACAAAAGAUAUAAUUGGGUUAAACGAGGAUGAAAUAUGCAUAAAAGUCAACGUCAUAUCAGAUGUAAUAUCAAUUUACGGGUUCAAGGAUCGUCCACAUUUUGUUGAACCAAGUCUUCCUACAAAUGCUGAGGUUGAAUGUGUAGCUGGAGGACCUUGUCAUAUACUCUACCAAGCAACGGCCGGUAUAGGUAAUGAGCACGAGUGUGUGACAUUUCAACUGAGCCCACCAGUUGGUUUUGUUAACUACCAUCUCUUCUCUUCAUGCGAUAAUUGUAAACCAGGCAACCCCGGCAGUGGUAACUGUACUGUAGAUGUAUCCCUGGUAACAAAGCUUGGCGAAAUCGGAGUGAACAAUCAAUUCUGUAUAUCUGCUGAAAUUGAAGGGUUAGAGUUGGAAGGAGAGAAGCGCUGUUUCAAUUUAACAAUUACAGAUCCGUCAUCAAGUGGAAAAAAAGGCUGCCAGAUUAUCAAAUGUAGGAAUGGAGGUUUCUGUGACGGUCAUCUUCCAUCUGAUCCAAUAUGUUUCUGCACAGAACAAUUUUCAGGAAAAACUUGUGAACAAGCUGAAGCGGGAACAGAACUAUCGUCCUUACAAAAACAGAGUUUCAUCGGAAAUAGUGCUGUACCUUCGCUAAUAGAAUGCGGUAUUAAACAGGAUUGCCAUAUUCCGUUCCAAAUUCUCUCAAAACAAGGUCUCAUGCCAAGAGUGCAUCUCGGUUUUAAAGACCCUGGCAUUUUGAUUAGCAAACCAUCAGUCAAAGCUCUUGGUGACUCAACUGGACUUUUCGAAGGUUUUGCGGUUUGUCACUCGAAUAAAAGAGGAAAUUUUAGAGCUUGUUUUCAAUUAAAUUUGAACAGUAACAUUGAAGAUGAUCUUUGCGUUAAAAUUCACACAUCUACAGUUGUUGGUGGUGAGACCAAAAUGACGAAACCAUAUUUCACCUCUCCAUCCUUACCAACCGGGUCAACCGUUCUUUGCCAGGUCAACAAGACUUGCCAUUUUUAUAUGCAUUUUACUAAAGGUGAUGCAUUUGGAUCUCCAAACAAGUGUCCUAGUAUGUGGCAAGCCGGUCUUAACACUCUUCCUCGAGUUCACAUAUUUGAGCCAGAAUUACACGCCACGGACUGCACAGCUGAUGUGUCAUACAUUCCAUCAUCAACAAAAGACAAACGAAAACUUUGUCUACAAGUAGCAUUACCAGGGAGGAAGGGCGAAAUCAGAUGUUAUCUCAUUAGAAAUGUUUUACACAUUAGACAAGAAGUGUUGUCCCCGUGUAGAGGUAAGACAUGCAGCAAUGGAGGGAAUUGUAUCGCAGAUCUUGAUUCGAAUCCUUACAACAUUUCUUGUGUUUGUCAAUUUGGAAAUUCGGGAAAUAUUUGCAAUACAGGUAACAGUUGCAACAAAACAUGUUUAAAUAACGGUACAUGUGUUAAUGGUGAAUGCCACUGUCAACUUGGUUUUAACGGAGAACAUUGUGAAAGAGUUAUGGAUCCAUGUAGUUCAAGUCCGUGUGUAAGGGGAACUUGUUUCCAUCAUAGCACACAGUAUCAUUGUUUAUGCCCCUCUGGUUACACAGGAAAGAAAUGUGAACUUAACAUCAAUGAGUGUCAAUCUCAACCGUGUUUAAAUGGGGGCGUGUGUGUUGAUAACAUCGGCGAUUUCAAAUGUAAUUGCUCAUCGGGAUUUGUCGGAAACACUUGUGAAAUUGAUGUAAACGAAUGCAUCUCUCAGCCGUGUUUAAAUGGGGGAUUUUGUAAAGAUAGCAUAGAUCGAUUUCUUUGUCAAUGCCGAACAGGAUUUGAUGGCGACAGAUGUCAGAAUGUUGUUGAUCCUUGUAUUAGCAACCCUUGUAUACGAGGAAUAUGUUUUUCGCAUGGCUCACAGUUCCUUUGCGAGUGCCCAUCUGGCUUUACAGGGAAACUGUGCGAAACUACCAUACAGCUGACACUCAACGGACCAAAGGAAACGUACUUGAAAGUACCAGCCGGUAGUGAAAUUAUGAUGAACUGUAGUGUGUCUGGGCUACACCCGCCUAAAUUUCAUUGGUCAAAAUUAAAUGCUUGCGGGGAUAAAUAUGAAAAUAUCAAAGCAUCAGUUUACCGCGAGCCGCACGCCUCGCUAGAGGACGAUGGAACAUAUGUCUGCACUGGUUCAGACGGCUAUGGUCCUAAUGUUACCAGCUAUUUCCAUGUGGAAAUAAUAUCUUUACAAAAGAACGAAGUUUGUAAUUUCGAUGAUGGAACAUUAUGCGGAUGGGAACAAGAGAAGAGUGACAUUUUUGACUGGACGUUUCAAAGCGGCCCUACACAAUCUGAUGGUACAGGUCCUGAUGUCGAUCAUACACUUGGAACAUUACAAGGAAAGUAUGUUUAUAUUGAAUCUUCAUCGCCUAGAAUAUUCGGCGAACAUGCAAGUCUUUUAUCACACGUCAUGCCGGCCAAUAGGACAAUGUGUUUCGAGUUUUGGUAUUAUAUGUUUGGCGAUGGAUCUGGUAGAUUAUUUGUACUUGUGCAGGACACUUGUCUGAAGAAAGAAACCCAGCUGUUUGAAGAGACAGGAGACAAAGGAGCACAAUGGAAUAAAGCUUCUGUUACAAUAACGGACCAUUCUGUCCCGAAUGACUACAUAAUUGUCCUGAAAGCCGAUGUUGGAUCAACAUUUCAUGGAGACACUGCUGUUGACGAUUUAGUUAUUUAUGAGGGGUCCUGCCAAGGAAGUCACGGGGCCCCUAUUGUGGGUUAAAGGCGACUACGCUGAAGAACACCAACACAUAUAUAUUGAUAUAAGUAUUUAGCAUGCAGUUUCGAUUAUACAUGAGAAACCUCUAUAGACAUUUUGUUUUAAUAUUUUGCGUUGGAAUUGUAAUAAACACCCUUUUCUAACACAAAUAAUCUGUGUUCGUUUUAUGCUUCUCGGCAAGUUAUAAAGUAUUCAGUUACCUUUUUAGAAAUACUUCCGUUGUCAAGUAAAUAUAACCAUCUAAUCUUAGUACCGUAAAUAAAAAGUUAAGGUGCGAUUUGAAAAUUAUAAAUAACAAAUACGUACUAUUGUCGUUAUAAGGUGACAUUAGUAUUGCAAUAUAAUAUUCCAACAAAAUGUGCUAGAAUAUGUAACAGAAUAAAUUCAGAAUGACUUCAUCAUUUUACAGAGUUUUAAUGACGUUAAGACUAUACAAGCACAUUAAGAAAGUUCGUUGCGGUUAAGCAGAUGGCCAAAUUAUUUUACUGAGAUGUAAAAGAAAACAAUAAAGGUUCAUAGCAUUCACUUGAAGACUACCGAUGACUAUGAUUGGAAAAGCUGAGAUGAAUGUAUGACAUUCGGUGCACAUUUCCGAUUACUUAUAAUAAUUUUGUAGAAAAUGUCAUUUUCCGUAAACGUUAUAGGGUUAGGCCACUUAACAGUACACAUACAUUAUAUGUUUAGAAUUUAUUUUGUUUUUAUUUAUAGUAGUUGAAUUUGUAGUGUACACGCAUCUUUAAUUUCAAAAGUCAAAACAUAUUUGAGAUUUGUACAUAAAAUAAAAUGUUUUUCUCUAAUAAGAAAAUCUGAAAUUAAUAAAAUUCUUAACAGCAUUGCUUUAAUAUUUAAUAAUAAGGAACACUAUACAUGUCUUACUUUUCAUGUUUUUGAUGUGUUUAUUUACUUUUCCUUUACUACACCCUUUACAAUGCAUCUUUUUUACAGUGAAGAUGCCAUCCAACCUGUUCUGUUAUAUCCCAAAUUUUAAUUAACUUGAAAUGCUAUUGGAGACUUCCUUAAUGCGAGUGCUAAGAUACAUUGAUAUUUUAAGUUAUAUAGGAUUUAUUUUCAAUGUGCACCCCUUAACGACCUUUGCAUUUUAUGCGAGAAAUCGGCGAUUUUAAUUGGCUAGUAUUUUUCCUCGUAAUAAGCAUAAUUACCAUUCCUAUAUAAUAUUUGUUGUUGUAUGGGCAUGGUAGGGUAUAACAUGCUAUGAUAGUGUUUUAUUUCUGGUCUGGUGUCAGUGAGUUUGACUAUAAUUUUGUGUAGAUUGGAACCAGUGCUAAAAUAACUUUACAUGUGACGGUUAUACGUUGUACAAAAUAAUUUCACGAGGUGUAAAAAUAAUGUAAGUUGCUUUAUCUAUGAUCAGACAGUCGUACAUAAUACAUCAGUUGAUAAUUUGAUUAAUGUGCUCGUUUACUUUCUAAUAUAAGCAUAAAAUGUAUAUGUCGCGGGGCUCGUGUUUCCAUGGUAACGCAUUUUCACUCAUUUUAAAACAAUUAUGAAUGAAAACAGGUAUUUCGACGGCUUUAGUGCCAUUCUCCUUACGACCAAAAUGGAUAAUUUGGAAUUAUAUUAUUAGCAGAAUAUCAAAUAAGGUACAUGUUACACCUAUUUAUAUAAACGAUUUAAGUAACCGUGGCAACAGAGAUGUUUAAGACAUCUUAUAUUUUGCUUUUUCGCGAAAUUUCAUAGAAAAAUAUUAAAUAAAUAAAGUUUCCUUCCUUGUUUAAUAUAGCUUUUUUAUAAAACAUUUUGUUUCCAAAGUAAGUAAUAUGUUCGUUUUAUUUGCAUUUAUUUAAACAAAUAUCAAAGCUUAAAGUAUUUACAGUAAUUCUCUUCAUUUGACUUUUAUUAUGGAAAAAUCACCGUGCUUGCAAUUUUCAUUUUCAUGGAUAGUGUUGAAACAAAAAUAAAAAAACUGAAAUUGUGUUCCUUAAAUAGACCAGUUUCAACACCUUUGAAAGGACCUCGGACACUUUCUAUAUGAAUUUGCCUACUCCAAAAGUAAAAAAUAAACUGCUAAGAAAUAAGUAUUUAAUUACAUAUGCCAUCAAAAUACUUAUUUGAGAUUAUUUCUUAAUGUCAAAUUUUCAAUAUUUAUUUCAUAGAACAGUGAUUUUUGUUUUAAAUAGAAUUACGUACCCUGUUAUAUAGAUAUAAAAAGUGUUUUGCUUUAUACAACAUUGUUCCCACCCGUGCAUCAAAACCAUAUUUGGCUAGCAUAUGUAGAUAUUAAUUAUACACAUUUUCUGUGACUAUUGUGUUGAUGCAAGGGGUGGAACAGUACUUUUAAACAAAAAAUAUAACUACAGGGUGUUCCCAAAUGUAAAGUAACCAAUACUUUUCAUAUUCAUUUUUGAUAAAUUGAUAGUCCCAUAUUUUUACACCUGUUUAUAACUCAAAUACUAUACAAAUGUUUGAAAGGGUACACA